UGGUCGCACGCUCCCCUGUUCAGCUCCAUAGCCAGCCUAGCCCUGCGCGCCUCGUCUGCCCCAAACCGACUUCGACCCCUCCGGUAAGCGCAUACGGUGUGAGUUGUCGCUCGUUACGGCGGGCGGACAGCAAGAACAAUGGAGCCUAACUGGGUUCUUGGGAAAAUGACGUCUUGUCUGAUUAGGGCUAUAUGGAGGAUGCUGCGUUGGAAGGCAACGCGACAACGUCGUAACCAACAGGUCCACGCGGCCGCCGUUCGAUCUGGCAGCAUUCUCCGAAAUCCGCGUUGCAGACUAUGUCGCCCAGUCGAGCUCGUACACCAAAUGCGCUCGCUCAUCAUCCCGUCCCGUAGACACCGGCUUAAUCCCGGGUUUGCAGCGAGAAUUGCGUGCAAGGACAAGCGGUUAGAGUCGAGAAGAGAUGUAGAUCCAUCUUCUCCCUUGUCGUUUACCCCAAUUUUGCAGCUACCCCCAACAUACAAGUUACGUGGUCCUAUAUCCUGUGCACAUGUCCAACCCGGGUAUACUGGCUGCUCUCAAGAUACCACCAAAGGAAGGCCAAAGAGGAAAGACGACACGGACAGCUUUUGUUCUGGACAGGCAGGCAGCGAUCAUUUUCCUAGCGAAGAGCAUUCAGACUUCCUAAUAUAUGUACAGUAUACGCGGCUGCGGUGCUCGAGCUGGUGAUAACUCUUCUGCGGUUGCGACGUAGAAUUGUAAUUCUGAGGCCUGUUCAGCUAGCAAUUCUCUUCCUGCACACUGCACAGUGCUUCCGCGCCCCAAAUACUUCCUAAGCAUUGCCACGGAGGUGCGCAGAUCUGGGCUAGCGUCCCAUCUAGGGACAAAAAGGGCUCCACAGCGGGGAAUCGAA